AUGAAGCUGACGGCUCUGUUUUUCGUGCAGUAUGGGAAGCGUUUUUGGCAUGGUUUGGGGGACACCGUGGAUGCGAACCCUUUGUUUGACUUUAUGAAGCCAGGUGGUAGGGGAAAUCGUAUGUUCACUCUGCUUGUUGCUGCUUAUGAAAAAGUAGUAGAGCUUUCCUUUAUGUCGAGAAGAAGUGAUGCUUGGGUUCUCGAGCGUUUUUUCGACUAUCUUCAAUUGGAUAAGCUCGAGGUAGGAGAUGAGAUGGCUAUCGUUGAUUUGCAUGCUUUUGUGAGCGGUGUUGACUGUUUUGCUCUCAUGGAGGACGCUCGCUAUUCAGCGAUGAUGAUAAGCCCAUCAACACAACCAACAGGGCAAAAGUUUGACGAGGCAACACUUGUUCACUAG